UCGCGUCCUCCCCUUCCCCGCGGUGACUCCGAUCCCGGCUCCGCCGCUCCCGCUCCUCCUCCACUCCGCACUUUGCGUCUCUCUGCUGCCGCUGCCGCUCUCAGUUAGCGGCGGGGCCGCGGCACGCAGUGUUCCUGGAGCCGGGCUUGGGGCGCAGCGGCCGCCCGGUCGCCCGCCUGCCGUCCCCCUGAAUGGCCUCCGCUCCGCAGCCCUAGCCGGCCCCCUGGGUCUCGGGUGAAGGCAGCGUGGAAGUCGCGGGUCCGGGGGACACACACACACGACGGGACGUUGGCCGGAGGCGGUGCCCGCGGCUCUCCCGCCGCGGCAGCAUGGCGCGGGGCGGCGGGCGGCAGGAGGCCGCUGCUCCCACCACCACCAGCACCCGGGGCCUCUGGCCGCGGGGUCCGGGGCCCCUCGGCCUCCUCUGCCUGGCGCUGCUCUGCGAACUGGGCGCCGCCGAAGCGGAGUUUUCUAUCCUGGACGAGGCGCAAGUUCUGGCCACCCAGAUGAGGAAACUCGCCACCGAGGAGCUGGGGGUCGUCACCAUGCAGAGGAUAUUCAACUCCUUUGUGUACACAGAGAAGAUAUCGAAUGGAGAAAGCGAAGUUCAGCAGCUGGCAAAAAAAAUCCGUGAGAAGUUUAACCGUUACUUGGAUGUUGUGAAUCGUAACAAGCAAGUCGUGGAAGCAUCAUACACUGCUCAUCUCACAUCACCCUUGACUGCAAUCCAAGACUGCUGUACAAUUCCACCCUCUAUGAUGGAAUUCGAUGGCAAUUUCAACACCAACGUUUCGAGGACUAUCAGCUGCGAUAGACUGUCUACCACUGUCAACAGCAGAGCCUUCAAUCCUGGACGUGACUUAAAUUCUGUUCUUGCUGAUAAUCUGAAGUCUAACCCAGGAAUCAAAUGGCAGUACUUCAGCUCAGAAGAAGGCAUCUUCACCGUGUUCCCAGCCCACAAGUUCCGGUGCAAAGGCAGCUAUGAACACCGCAGCAGGCCUGUCUAUGUUUCUACUGUUCGACCGCAGUCCAAGCAUAUUGUUGUCAUUGUGGACCAUGGGGCUUCAGUCACAGAGACCCAACUUCAGAUUGCCAAAGAUGCUGCUCAGGUCAUUCUGAGCUCUAUAGAUGAACACGACAAGAUCUCUGUGUUAACCGUGGCAGACACAGUCAGAACCUGCUCGCUGGAUCAGUGCUAUAAGACUUUCCUAUCUCCUGCCACUAGUGAGACAAAAAGGAAGAUGUCCACCUUCGUUAGCAGUAUAAAGUCAUCUGACAGCUCCACGCAGCAUGCGGUGGGAUUUCAAAAGGCUUUCCAGCUGAUACGGAAUACCAACAAUGGCACCAGGCUCCAAGGAAAUACUGAUAUGGUGAUAAUUUAUCUCUCAGCUGGGAUCACAUCAAAGGAUUCCUCAGAAGAAGAUAAAAAAGCCACUCUCAGUGUCAUCAAUGAAGAAAACAGUUUCCUCAACAACUCAGUAAUGAUCCUUACUUAUGCCCUCAUGAAUGAGGGAGUGACAGGUUUGAAGGAGCUGGCCUUCCUACGAGACCUGGCAGAGCAGAACUCAGUGAAGUAUGGGGUGCUGGACCGAACAGCUCUCCCUGUGACCAAGGGAAGCAUGAUGGUCCUAAACCAGCUGAGUAACCUGGAAACUACAGUGGGCAGAUUCUAUACAAACCUCCCCAAUCGAAUGAUUGAUGAAGCAGUCUUCAGCCUGCCCUUCUCAGAUGAAAUGGGAGAUGGCCUGAUCAUGACUGUAAGUAAACCGUGUUACUUUGGCAACCUCCUGCUGGGGAUUGUUGGAGUUGAUGUCAAUCUCGCAUAUAUCUUGGAAGAUGUCACCUACUACCAAGACUCCUUGGGUUCCUACACAUUCCUCAUUGAUAAUAAAGGAUACACUCUUAUGCACCCAUCCCUCACCAGGCCCUACCUGCUGUCUGAACCACCACUCCACACAGAUAUUAUCCACUAUGAGAACAUUCCCAAAUUUGAGCUGGUGCGCCAGAACAUCCUUAGCAUUCCCCUGGGCAGUCAGAUCAUUACAGUCCCCGUGAACUCCUCGCUGUCUUGGCAUGUAAACAAACUGAGAGAGGUUGGAAAAGAAGCCUACAAUGUCAGCUAUGCCUGGAAGAUGGUCCAGGACACAUCCUUUAUUCUGUGUGUCGUGGUGAUACAGCCAGAAAUACCUGUCAAACAGCUGAAGAAUCUCAACACUGUCCCCAGCAGUAAGCUCCUCUAUCACCGACUGGAUCUCCUGGGCCAACCUAAUGCCUGCCUGCACUUCAAGCAGCUGGCUACCUUGGAAAGCCCUACAGUGAUGCUCUCUGCGGGCAGCUUCUCUUCUCCUUACGAACACCUGAGCCAGCCUGAGACGAAGCGGAUGGUGGAGCACUACACGGCAUACCUCAGUGACAACACCCGCCUCAUUGCCAAUCCUGGACUGAAGUUCUCUGUCAGAAAUGAAGUAAUGGCUACCAGUCACGUCACAGAUGAAUGGAUGACACAAAUGGAAAUGAGUAGCCUGAACAGUUACAUUGUGCGCCGUUACAUAGCAACCCCCAAUGGGGUGCUCCGAAUUUACCCCGGUUCCCUCAUGGACAAAGCAUUUGAUCCCACCAGGAGACAAUGGUACCUUCAUGCAGUGGCGAAUCCAGGAUUAAUCACCUUUACUGGUCCCUACUUGGAUGUUGGAGGGGCUGGCUACGUUGUUACCAUCAGUCACACGGUCCAUUCUUCCAGUGCACAGAUGUCUUCAGGACAUUCAGUGGCAGUGAUGGGCAUUGACUUUACCCUACGAUACUUCUACAAAGUUCUCAUGGACCUGCUGCCAGUUUGUAACCAGGAUGGAGGGAACAAAAUAAGGUGCUUUAUCAUGGAGGACAGAGGCUACCUUGUGGCACACCCAACCCUCAUCGAUCCCAAAGGACACGCACCUGUGGAGCAACAGCACAUUACACACAAGGAGCCUCUGGUAGCAAAUGACAUUCUGAACCAUCCCAACUUCGUCAAGAAAAACCUCUGCAACAGCUUCAGUGACAGAACAGUUCAGCGGUUUUAUAAAUUUAAUACCAGCUUAGUGGGGGAUCUGACAAACCUGGUGCAUGGCAGUCACUGCUCCAAGUACCGGCUGACGAGGAUCCCAGGCACCAACGCCUUUGUGGGCAUUGUCAACGAGACCUGCGACUCGCUCGCCUUCUGUGCCUGCAGCAUGGUUGACAGGCUCUGCCUCAACUGCCACAGAAUGGAGCAGAACGAAUGUGAGUGUCCUUGUGAGUGCCCUCUGGAGGUAAACGAAUGCACCGGCAACCUCACCAAUGCCGAGAGCAGGAACCCAAGCUGUGAAGUUCAUCAGGAGCCAAUGACCUUCACAGCCAUCGACCCGAGCCUACAGGAUGCUCUGCCGCAGUGUAUCAACACUCAGUGCAACCAGAGGACAGAGAGUGGGGAUUGCUUUGGUGUGCUGGACUGUGAGUGGUGCAUGGUGGACAGUGAUGGGAAGACCCAUCUGGAUAAGUCUUACUGUGCACCUCAGAAGGAGUGUUUUGGUGGCAUUGUGGGAGCAAAGAGCCCAUAUGUGGAUGACUUGGGAGCAAUAGGAGAUGAGGUGAUCACUCUGAACAUGAUCAAAAGCGCACCAGUUGGCCCAGUGGCUGGAGGCAUUAUGGGCUGCAUUAUGGUGCUUGUCCUGGCCGUAUACGCGUAUCGUCACCAGAUCCAUCGGAGGAGUCACCAGCACAUGUCACCUUUGGCUGCUCAGGAAAUGUCAGUGCGUAUGUCGAACCUGGAAAAUGAUAGGGACGAGAGAGACGAUGACAGCCAUGAAGACAGGGGAAUCAUCAGCAACACUCGGUUCAUAGCAGCGGUGAUAGAGCGGCACGCCCACAGCCCCGAGCGCAGGCGCCGCUACUGGGGGCGAUCAGGGACGGAGAGCGACCACGGCUACAGCACCAUGAGUCCUCAGGAAGACAGCGAAAACCCUCCUUGUAAUAACGACCCAUUGUCAGCUGGUGUUGAUGUUGGGAACCACGAUGAAGACCUGGACCUGGACACCCCACCUCAGACCGCUGCCCUGCUGAGUCACAAGUUUCACCACUACCGGUUGCACCACCCAACCCUUCACCAUAGCCACCACUUACAGGCUGCAGUCACAGUACACACUGUGGAUGCAGAGUGCUAAUGGACAAGGAGAAGAGAAACCUGUCUUGUGAGCAAUGAUCCGUGCAGCAACAGGCAGCUUUGGUUUGGUGCUUCUCACCAGGAAUGAUGUAUCUGACUUCCUGAGUAAACUGUUAGGCACAAAAAGCCUUCCAUUUCUAGAAAGGUAAGGUUGGCUCUGAGAUGGAAGGGAAACAUCCUUAAUGGAUGGACCUGCCAUAACAUGGAAUGAAACGGAGCAGGAGGCACGUUAGACCUCCAGAAACAGGGACGCAAGUUUAUACAGCAGCCGAAGCUUUGGCAGCCCUCUUAUGCUGAGCCAGGAGGAGAGAGCGAGCUUGAAAGAGCCAGAGAUGAUUCGGUUUCCUUAACUGGAAGAGCAGAAAUCUGUGCAGCUGAAGACUCAAAAAGUGCCAGAUGGAGGCGGGGAGGGGGGACAAGGCUGCUGGCUCCUCUGCCGUUUGUCCUGCACGUAGAAAGUUCUCUGCUCCCAUGAUUGCUGUGUGCAACCCAGGACAAUGCAUCUCCAGAUUUUUAAGUAAAGGAUUAUUUUUCUACUAUUUAUUGAACUCGAAACUUUGGGGAGGGAGGGAGGGAGGGGAGAAAACAUGUUAGUGAUUCUCAACAGCUACCACAAUGUAUUCUGUGCUGGUGAAGUGGUUCUUCUGAGGAAGACAUCUGUUUCUUAUUAGCUGAGCUUCAUCCACUGCCCUGCUCUGCAAAAGGGAAAAUGAAGAAGCCGUUCCUGCCGUGUUUACGUUCUGAGUGCUUUCUUUGCCACAAUGGUUUUCUAUAAAUAUCACAACCUGAUUUAGAGGACAGGAUUUUCCUCCUCUUGCAGAGGGGAAAGCCUGUGCUCCCUUACUAAAACCCUAAGAAUUCAGCCCAUCAACCUCUCCCAUCUUUACCUCUUUGAUCAUCCUUCAAGGUUUCCUGUGUGGAAGUAAUCAGGAAUUUAUUUAGCCUUAGCUAGCAGACGAUUCCAAGUGAAAUCUGCACCAUUCUUCUGUUUCCUUUGGACAUUCUUAUGGUCAGACAUAAGGAUAAACGAGGGCUCUCUAAACCUUGGGUUACUGUGGAAGAGAGCUUCUUGAAAUCGUAAUUCUAAGCUGCUGCUGCUGUUUGUCUGGAAGUUAACACGGCUUUGGGAAUGCCACCCAAGAUUCACCACCCUGUCUGCCACAUCCUGAUUGCAAAUUAGUUUUCAAUCACAGUGUUGGAGUUUAGAUUCACUUUUUUUGUUGGUGAUUACUACGCUAUCAAAACCCUCCUUGCACUGUGGGAAUGAUAAGCAUCCAUUUAUAUGCUGGGUUUGUUUUUAAAAACAAACAACAGAAAAGUCACUUGUUUUAAUUAAUAUGGUACUUAAUGCUGUAUUCUGUACAAAAAUGAGUUUGAAACAGUACGGUAAAAUAUGUGUGAUACCAGGAUACCCCUUUAUACUAUGUAUAAAAAUCCAAUCUCUUAGUGAAAUAAACUGUAUAUAAUAUAGAGCUCUGUGGAGAACUGGCAAGGUGGAACUUACUGUCCUUGAUGAAGGGCUGGACAACCUUAGCCAGUCAAUAGUGGUGGCUCCUCAGGGCUCAAUAUUUGGGCCAGUUCUCUUUAACAACUUCAUCAGUGAUCUGGAGUGCACCCUCAGUGAGCUUGCAGGUGAAACUACAUUGGGUGGGAGUGUUGAUCUGCUGGAUG